CUCAAACUAUUCUUUACUUAAUCAUGUUUUAUAGCCAAUUUCAACGUAGUAAACAAUGACCAACAAACAGCAAAGCUAUGAUUACUUUGUAACCGUCGUUUUCCAAACUGCCUUAGUACCUGAUGGUCGAUCUCACCGGAAGGAAAUCGUCGAAGUGAAUGCAGUGGCGGUCCACUCGCUCAAUGUGGAUCGCCAAAAAGCUUUUGCUGGAUGUUGCCAUCCGGAACUUGCUGAUUGUACAUUUGGCGAUACGUUGCGAAAGUUCGCGCAAUGGUUGAAUCAGCUGAACGGCCCCUUCAUCUUAGUAACAGAUAAUUACAACGCUUUGGCUUUGGAUUUCAGAAAUCAAUGUUUGAGAUCGGGAUACGACAUGCCACCAUUCGCAACGACAUGGUUGAACGUGACCGAAUUUUGGAGACGACGUUAUGGAAACCGUGAACAAGUGACGGUCGAUCAAUUACUGGAACACUUUGGCAAGAAUCGUGUAUUGGACAAGGGCAAACGUACGUCUCAAUGCAACGCUCGAAGUCUAGCCAUUGUUACAGCCGAUAUCGUUAGAAUUCACCGAGCAUUUUCGUUCAAAGCAAACGAAGGUUGCAAUGAAAUUUCCAUCGUGUUAGACGUUAUUUGAAAUCCGGAAUUUCACCACAAGAUUCUUUGUUGUUUAUGUCAUUUGUUGUACAAAUGUAAUGUUUCAGGUAACAUGAAAACCCCGAUGUCUACAUUGUUGUUUAUAAAAUUUCAUUUGACGUCACGAUCUAAGAUUGCCGUGCGAUGAAAACAAAUCCAUAAAGCUCCAUGAGAUAUCGGCCUUUAUGACCGGUACUGUAUCAGCAAUGUUGACUCUACUCUGCCAGGUUAAAUGAGGCUGCAUGCAAUGAACUCGAGUUUAUAAUACAUAUCACGCUCAACCU